AUGUCGUUCUACCUGGCGUCAAACGUCUAUGAAAAGAUAGACAGAAAUGGCGUGGUAGACAGAAACCAGCGGUACCGCUCGGCAUACUUUGGUUUGGGGCUUCUUGCCAUUUUGGUUUGGGGUUCUGCUGCGCUUGUUCUGUCAAUUUCGUUUUUUAUUCGCCAGGAUGGCGCCCAUUUUACAUCGCAAGGUUCAUUCUUUGAAGACCUUCGAGUGUUUCCACAUCUGCAAGUGGAAAGUUCCCGGGAGAAAUUGACAUUCAGUGAUGUUCGUAGCGGCAAGUUCCGUCCCAACUUCAAGCAGGUGCAGUGGAUCCACAGCCCGGAAUCUGUAACCAACGACCAAGGCACUUAUCUUUUAACGGAUAAGGUGGAAGGACAAACAAACUACGUGGUCAAGAGCAUCUUAGAUGAGGCCUACCACUACACCCUCUAUAAUGAAAGUACUUUUAAGCAUGGCGGAAUCGAAUACACCAUCGAUUCGUUGGUUGCGUCGCCAGACUUAAGUAGGGCCGUUUUGAAGACGAAUACCACCAAAGGUUGGAGACAUUCGUCUGAGGCGCUCUACUGGGUGCUCGACGUACACACGGGGCUUAUUGACACGUUGAAAUCUGUCCACGAUAAGGUUUCUGUGACAUCGUGGGCCCCAACAUCCUCAAGCAUUGCAUAUGUCUACAAGAAUGACGUUUUCGUCAAAGACUUGGCCUCGGGUCACACCACACAAGUGACCAAUGAUGGAAGUGAGAACAUUUUCAAUGGUAAGCCCGACUGGGUUUACGAGGAGGAAGUGUUUGCUUCGGAUAUUGUGUUGUGGUGGUCUCCUCAAGGUGACAAGAUAACCUUUCUCAAAUUCAACGAUCUGUCGGUUCCAGAGUUCACUAUUCCAUACUACGUCCAGAGUGGACACGAGGACUAUCCAGAGUUGGUUUCCAUCAAGUAUCCCAAGCCAGGAUACCCAAAUCCUACCGUAGAAUUGGUGGUGGCACAUGUGUCCGGCUCAAAGGCUGUUGUGCAUGCUACGCUGCUUGACACAGAAGAGAUUGAAGACAAGCUCAUUACUGAGGUUCUUUGGGUGUCUGACGAUUACAUUUUGGUGAAAGCUACCAAUAGGGCCAGCGACAUCAAGGAGGUGUUCUUAGUGUCUACUGAAGUGGAUGCUAAGGCUCAGCAUAUUAGAACUGACCAUGCAAAGAACUCAUGGUUUGAGGUCACCAACAAUGCAGUUUUCGUACCUAAGAAUGAGAGCUUGGGAAGAUUUGCCGAUGGUUACAUCGAUUUGGUCGUACACGAAGGUUUCAACCAUUUAGCAUACUUCACUCCUCCACAAAACCCUCACGGAAAGUUGUUGACCAAGGGCCAGUGGGAGGUGUUGCAUAACCAGGUUGACUUCCAGAAGAACGAAGUGAUUUUCACUGCAACGCUUGAACUGUCUGUCCAAAGGCACUUCUACUCGGUGAAUUUGGUGGAGUCUCUCUCUGCCGCAACAAUCCAGGAGCCUAAGAGGCUCACAAAUGGUACUUCCUGGUACGGAGGCUCAUUUUCCUCUGGUUCGAGAUUCUUGCUUUUGAAUUAUCUCGGUCCGGACGUGCCAGCGCAGACAUUGGUUGACUUGCACACUAUGACCACGGUAAAGGUUAUUGAGACCAACUUGGAUGUUCGUGAUUCGGUUGCAAGAUACGAUUUGCCAAAGCAGGUUGUUUCCACUGUUAACUUGGGAUUCGAUAAAGAAACCGGAGGCGAUAUCAUUGCUAACUCGGUCGAGAUCUUCCCUCCUCAAUUCAACUCCUCUCUCAAGUAUCCCGUUUUGUUCUAUGUGUAUGGAGGUCCAGGCUCGCAAAUGGUCACAAAGGAAUUUGCCGUUGGGUUUAGCGAAGUUGUUGCGUCGGAGCUCAAUGCCAUUGUUGUCACAGUGGACGGACGUGGAACUGGGUACAACAACCAUAAUGCUGAGUCGCGUUUCAAGUUCUGUGUCAGAGACCAAUUGGGACAUUACGAGCCUAUUGACCAGAUUGCUGCCGCUAAGGUGUGGGCGGAGCGUUCAUAUGUGGACAAAGAAAGAAUGGCCAUCUGGGGCUGGUCCUACGGAGGGUUCCUUACUCUUAAGACAUUGGAGACCGAUACAGAGAAUGUGUUUUCAUAUGGAGUCGCCGUAGCACCAGUCACAAAAUGGAAGUUAUACGACUCCAUCUACACCGAGAGAUAUUUGAGGACUCCACAAGAAAACCCAGAAGGGUAUCAAACUGCCAGCAUCGAGAAGACUGAGAACUUCAAGGACGUGACUAGGUUCUUGAUUAUGCACGGUUCGGGCGAUGACAACGUGCAUUUCCAGAAUAGUUUGCGACUUUUGGACGAGUUCAACUUGGGAGGAGUGGAGAACUUUGAUUUCAUGGUGUUCCCCGACUCUGACCAUCUGAUCCGUUACCACAACGGUAAUGCGGUUGUAUUUGACCGUAUCUUGGGAUGGCUCCGCAAUGCAUUCAGCAAUCAUUAUGUAUAA